AUGCCGAGAUAUGGGUUGAUUGCAGCUGUAGUUUUCUUACUAUUUUGGUGCGGGACGGAGUUCAUUUGUGGCUUGCAUAAUGUGAGCAAAACUGCACUAAAAGCUCGAGUAAAGGAGAUGUUUCUUCAUGCAUAUUAUAAUUACAAGAAUAAUGCAUUUCCUGCUGAUGAACUUAUGCCACUCAGUUGCAAGGGUCGUUACCGUUGGGAAGGUGUAACUAGAGGUGAUAUAGACGAUGCACUGGGUAAUUUUUCACUAACAAUGCUUGAUGGUCUCGAUAGUCUAUUCUUAAUCGGCGAACUAGAUGAGUUUGAUUCUGCUGUAAAGGCUGUAGUAGAAACUGUGAAGUUUGAUUCAGAUGUUGAUGUUUCAGUUUUUGAAACAAAUAUUCGUGUUCUUGGGGGUUUAUUAGGAGCUCAUGUUGCUGCACUUGCUAUUAAAGAAAAUAACAGUUCUCGAAUGAUUUGGUAUAAAGAUGAAUUAUUAAAAAUGGCUAUUGAUAUCGGAAAUCGAUUAUUACCUGCAUUUGAUACACCGACUGGUAUUCCCUAUCCUCGAAUUAAUUUACGUUAUGGCUCUUCUGGUUUAAAAAAACAAGAGGAGAAUACAUGUACUGCAUGCGCUGGUACAAUGAUACUUGAAUUUGCUGCAUUAAGUCGAUUAACUGGUGAUCCAAUCUAUGAAGAGAAAGCAGCUAAAGCAAUGGCAUUUCUAUGGAAACAACGUAAUCGUUAUUCAGAUCUUGUUGGUCGUGUAAUUAAUGUACGCAAUGGUGAUUGGAUACGUCAAGAGUCUGGUGUUGGCGCUGGCAUUGACUCUUAUUAUGAAUAUUUAUUAAAGGCGUAUAUAUUACUCGGUGAACCAGUCUACCUGCAUCGUUUCCAAACACACUAUGAAGCAGUGAAUCGAUAUGUUGGUGGACCACAAUCAGCUGAAUUCCCCUUCCUAUUUUUGGAUGUACAUAUGCACCGACCAGCUCAGCGUGCAAGAACAUUUAUGGAUGCCUUAUUAGCCUUUUGGCCUGGUUUACAAGUUCUUACAGGUGAUGUAAAACGUGCUGUUGCAUUACAUGAAUUAUUAUAUUUAAUACAUAAACGUAAUAAAUUAUUACCUGAAGCAUUUACACCAGAUUUUAAUGUUCACUGGGGCCAACAUUUACUUAGACCAGAGUUAAUUGAAUCCACCUAUUUAUUAUAUCGUGCUACAGAAGAUCCAUAUUAUUUACAAGUUGGUCAACAAAUUGUUAAUGAUUUAGAAAAGUAUACACGUGUACCAUGUGGUUUUGCAGCAAUUAAGGAUGUACGUACUAUGGAGCAUGAAGAUCAAUUCGAUUCAUUUGUACUAGCUGAAACCUUUAAAUAUCUCUACUUAUUAUUUGCUGAGUCGUCUGAUCUACCAAUCAAUCUAGAUGAUUAUAUUUUUACAACAGAAGCACAUCUCCUCCCGUUGAGUUUAUCACGUCAUCCAGUGACAUCCUCUUCAUUGAAUAGAAUUGUCAAGAAUAUAUCACAGAAUGCAAGUAUUCCUGUGUCUUCUUCUUCAUCUUCUUAUUUAUCUGCAUCGAUGUCAUCCUCCUCUACCGUCAAAUUGACACCUGAUCAUCAUGGGGAUAGAGAUGUAAAAGUUGAAAAGUUAUUACAUAAAGCAGCCCAGUGUAUGGCUGUUGGUUAUGAACAAAUGCAGCAUAGGCAUACAAUGAAAUGUUUGUCAUCCAGCAGGAAUAAAAAUAAUCAGGAAGCUGAGAAAUCUGAAGACGAUAACAAGAAGAAGAACAACGAGGCUGAAGAUGGUGGUGAUGAUAAAGUUAAGAACAAGGAGAAAGAUAGUGGGGCUACUACGACUACUGUGAGUGAUGCUGAUUGGCGCUUGAAAACCACUUGUCAUAUUUCUGAAACACCAAAUCUUUUCUAUCAUUAUUGUGCUAAACAAUUACCAAAAUGUCAUAAUACUGAUGAUUUUGUAUUAAAGUAUGUUUUCUCUAAAUCGCAUGUAUGGCGUAUUAUUGAUUCAAUACGUCAACCAUUACGUCAGAUAGCUAUUAAUUUGGAUCAUCAUCAAUCAAGGAGUGGUCAUACUAGUACUACUACUACUAAUAAUAAUAAUAAUCACAAUAUGAAGGACCAGUCAUUUCUACCCUUGAAAGCAAUGGAUUUUCAACCUGAUAAUACAGAUCAUUUGAAUGCACUGAGACGUAUGGGUAUUUCGUUAUCAUUUAGUCAAGAUGGUCAGAUAACACUGACACAUCAACACAAUAUGGCUGAAGAUUCUGAUUUGGCUGCUGCAGGUAUUCUAUUCAUACAAGAGUUGAUUGCUUUAACUAACAGGAAGUAUAGCUUCAGUGAUCUUUCAGUACAAGGUCGUCAUGUAGUUGUCAUGAAUUCGCCAAGUUAUGGUUUCACUAAAUUUACUGCUUGUCCUGCACAUUUUGGUCUAUUCCCUGGUGAAAAAUUACCAUCCAGUCAACAGGACAGUCAAAACAGGCAACAGUCAACACCAUCAGCGGCAGAGGCAGAGAAGGCGUCGUCUGUAAAUUCAACUUGGACACCAUUAAUAGGUCCUGUACACGUUGUUGAGCCUAUCGAUGCUUGUAAACCAAUCGCAGAAUAUGGUUAUGCCUAUCCACCAGAGAAUGAUAUAUGGAAUCAGAAUCCAACUGGAGGACAACAGAAUACUUCAAUUCAUUCGUCAGAUAGUUAUAUAACGGUGAAAAAUAGUAAAGGUCCUAUGGUCGGUUCUAUUGGUAUUGUUCGUCGUGGGGGUUGUGUUUUCGUUGAAAAAGCUUAUCACUUAGCACAAGCUGGUGCUAUCGGCGUCAUUGUGGUUGAUAAUAAACCUGAAACAUCAAGUGAAAUUGGUCCGUUGUUUGCAAUGUCUGGCGAUAAUGAUAAUAAUGACUUAAUGAAAUAUAUUCAUAUACCAGUGGUUUUAUUAUUGGGUGUAGAACGUGAUCAAUUAUUCAGUAUAAUUCGUACACAUUGGAAUCAUACCCAAGAAGCAAUGAAUAUUAUGUUAACUAAAGAAUAUAAUCUUGCUGAUUCGUUCAAUGCAGCUCUAUCAAUAAUGAAUACGAAAAGCAAUGGAGAACACGAGAAACUACCACUCAACAAUGAUAAUAGCAAUAUCGUAGGAGAUACUAAUACCUCCUUCCAACUGACCAGCCAUCUGUAUCAGUCCUCAUCAGUGUCAAUGAAAACGCUUCAUUUGAAUAAAAUUUCAGAUAUAAUUGGAUUUUCUAUAUCAUAUGAUAAUAAUAAUACUAAUUCAGAUAUGUUUCAUCUCAGGGAUUCUGUCUCUCCAUCUUCAUCUUCACCCUCCUCCAAUUCCCCUUCUUCUUCUUCUUCUUCUACCUCUGAGUCUCCCGGAUCAUCGGUUGGAAGUGAUUCGGAGACGGUUGAAGAGGAUGUCACAAGGAUAGGAACAACACCAAGUGAUUCUAUUUAUCCAUUAUCCUGGUCAUUCACAUUUUCUAUUAAUGAUGAUAAAGAAAGAUCAAGUUAUUUUCUACCAAUUAAUGAGAAUAAUGAUCAUCUCUUUGUUGGUGAUGAUAAUAAUAAUAGUAAUAAUAAGAAUAAUACUGUGAUUAAAGGAUCACCAAAAGAUAUUUCAAUUUGGCGGGAUUUAUUCAAUAACACACUUAAACAAAUUAAAUUGAAUACUGAAUGUCAGCAUUUUAUGUUAGCCGUAUUACAAAUCAGUCUGCAUAAAGUAUGCCCAUCUGAUUCACCGUAUUACAUGAAUCAAACAAUUUAUAUAUCAUGGAGAUAUUAUCAAUUAAUCAAUACUUGUUUAAGUGAAUUACUUCAUCUCAAUGAAAAAUCAAUUAAACAACAAGAAGAGACGCAACCAAGUGAUAAGAAUAAUCAAGGCACCACUACUAACAACAAUAACAAUAACCCUGAUAAUAUUGUGAUCACAUUACAAUUGGGCUUUCAAUUAAUUUCUAAUAAUGAUGAUUUAUCGUCUACUACAAUACUCUCUCCGACUUCUUCAUCUUCUCCGCCUUCACAUCCUGCUGCUGCUGCUGAUGAUGAUGAAGCAGGCGUCUCUCAGACUACUACUUCUGCUCCUACUCCUACUCCCAAAGAUGAAUUGUAA